CUCGUCCAUUCUCCCAUUCAUUCACUCACUCAUCGUCACCAUCCACCACUCUCCGUCACCACCAAGAUGCCGCGCCAGUCACGUCUCACAGACCACUGGCCAGCCCUAGAUCCCAAGCCCACUUCCUCCCACGAGCUCAACUUCGUUUUCAUCUUUCCCCCCGAAAUCUCCGCGGCGUGCUUCUCACUCCUCCCCAUCGACGACCUCAUCAAAGCGUACAACGUCUCCCGCAGCUGGCGUCACCGCAUCACCCGUGGCGUAUGGCGGAACGCCUUUCUCCGCGAGGCGAACUACGAGUACGGUGAUCUGCGCCGCGUGCUACACCUCGAGCAGAUGGAGGAAGAGUGGGAUGACGCACUGGACAAGGCGCUCGAAAGGGCACAUGUUCGCCAGAUGGAUGCCUGGAAAGGCCCCAAUCCUCCCGCUUCGCCUCCUUCCCUCACUCCGUCCGACUUCUCAGAGUACACCGCAGAAGUCCCCACCGUUGAAGCGACAACUGAAUGGCGUCGCCUUUGCCUUCAGCACUUGAGGCGCAAAACCUUGCGAUCUAAGGGCAUCCUACUGGUCCGGUGGGCACCCGAGGUGCUGGACCAUGGCUUGAUUUUCGGCGGCAUUCACUCAAUCAACAACCAGAUCAUUCUGUUCGACAGCCCCAGUGAAGAACAAGAUCACGUGGAGCGCCAACUGCAGACGGUAUCGCUGGAUCGCCAGACCCUCAAGAAGGUGGCCCACUUCGACCUUCCCCCCGCCGUUUGCUACAAGAUGCAGAGGGACAACAACAUUGAUAACAUCCUCCACCGCUUCCGUCACCAACAAGCAACUCAAGACUCCCCUGCUAUUGACUGGGUCGAGCUGUGGAUACCUUACCAGUUCAUCUCCAAGAUGACCCAUCCUCCAAAGGAAGUUGGCAUCAUUCCCGCCGGAACGCUCCAGACAUCGCAAGAUCUUCCCUACAUCCACGGCCUCUCUCCUUUUGCUGCAAUCAACAUUGACGAGGUCGAGGGCGCGAGUUCCAAGGUCCAGGUCUUCACCACCAAGAACUCGGACAACACUCUGACGAUGUGGAUCCGCAUCGGCUCCAAGGCUUGCCUCCUUAGUGGGAAGACUCUACCAGUGGGCGAGGAGCCGCCAUCAUUGAGGAAGAUAUGCCGUUUCGUUCAAUCGGGAACCAAACUCGAGAUUGAAGCCGCAACCGACGACUAUCCUCCCCUUACCCUCCCCGUCAGCCACAGAACCGGGCCGCCAGCCGCCGUGUUCUAUCAGUUUGUGCUUCAAGAGGUCGCGUUCACUGGCUUCCGAGACCGGAAGCUCUCCUCCGGGACUGUGAAGAGGUUCGAGGGGGGAAGGAAGCUUCCCUCUUGUCGAGCACACCGAUAUCUGGCAGCGGCCUCCGUUCCUGGCGAUAGGCACUUCAACAGGGCCAUGGACCCCUCAACUGUUGAAUCCUGGGCAGUCACGAAGUUGUUACCAAUAUCUUGACGACGCCGAUUGCCUGAUCAUGAUCUUGAGUGACGGGUAUCUGCUUCUCAUUCCCGAUUGGACCAAAGUCUUUCAGGAGCAGCAACAACUGGAUGCCGAUGAGCGUGAUAAAUUCUUCCGCCAGCGCUCUAUUCUAGUCCGUCUCCAACUCGGUCACCCGGCGGGACCUGGCCCUCGCUGCCACAUUGGAUUCCGUGGGGGCUGGAUCCACUUCUACACUGUGAGUAUAUGGCGUUUAUACAGUAGGGCGUCAAAAGUGGCGGCACAUCGCGUUGCCGACCUAGCCGAAUCUCACGGCGAC